AUGGUACAACAGCCAAGCACAAUCUGUGGCCCAUUUGCCAGGCAGUCAAGCGACGCUGCCAGUGCCGUCCAACAACCUCCCCUUCUCGAAGCUCCGGCCGAAGUCCGACUCAAGGUCUACCAAGCUCUGUUCGACGGUGCACAAAUCAAGCUUCGCGCUUCACUCCCUCUCCUCCAUGGGUGUGAAGAUGGCUUCGAAGACGACGAAAAGGUCACCAGCGUUCUUCGAGUGUGUCGACUACUGCGCAAAGAAGCCCAGCACGUUUAUUUCUCAACGGCGACAUUUCUGUGUGCUGAGAGGACCCUUGAGAACCUACUAGUGGACCAGCAAAGAUACGGCGACAUAUACAAGAGUAACUUGAUGGUGACGGAUCUGCGUAGGAUCGAGAAGCUUGUCAUACGACCGCCGCGAUUCUCGUACGCGGACAAGAUCACGGUGGCUGGAGCUCUUGUCUGGGAGUUGUGGUCGCUUCGAGAAUUGACAUGGUAUUCGAAAUGGACGUGGACAACUGGUUGCGUCAGUGCGCCAUCAAUCACUAAGCUUCGAGAAUCGGAAUCGCUGCGGCGCGAGCAAUUUGGCGCAUUGUUGGAAGACACCGACGUCCUCGUCAAGUGCUCCAAAGCUGUCGUGAAAUCCGUGGCGGAACGGCAUGGUCGUCCUCAGAAGCUGUCUCAUGGUGUGAUGCGCUUCAAAAUUCGAUACGUAAGCAAUCACCCGGACGCCUCGGCGGCGAUCAACAGAUUAGAAGCAAGGCUCUUCAUAUUUGAGCAGCGUACCGAAAUCAAGCUGGUAGAUGGAUGGUACUACGUGCCUCAGAAGGUGUUCGACCAGGUCUGA